AAUAGCCUUCGUUUUUCGAAAAUUAAAAGCCCGUAAGAAUAUCGAUUGCAUGAAUUACCGCCAUUUUGAAAACUGAAGUCAAAAUAAACUGGAACUUGGCAACUGGAAGAAAAGAAGAGUCUUACCUUAUAAUGUCUUUUAUUGAAAAGUUUUGAUUGUAAAAAAAAUGUUCAGUGUAGAAUCUCAAGAAGGCGUUUAUUUUCAAUCUUCAUGGAAAACUGAGAGAUCAGUGAAAGACAGUGUAGCACAAACUAGUGAAAUCAUAACUUAUGAAGCUGACGUUCAAGUAAUUCAGAAAUUGGACGCUGAGGUUCAAACAGAAGAAGAAAAAGAACCGCAGUUAACGAUAGGGCAUGAUAUCUCUCAGAAUCUUAUCAAUUUUAUGCUGAAUGUUUAUCCAGAUGUCAGCAAACAGCUAGAUGCCAAUACUAGAAGUCAUGCCUUUGAUGGUUAUGAUGUUGACUGGGAAGAGAAAUCAAGCUCUGUCUCUUGCGAGUACCAGCUGAUAAAUAGUGACCAGGAAGAACAGCUUCAAGUCACUGGACUGUCAUGGAAUUCAACUGGCUCUGUCAUUGCUGCCUCAUAUGGAAGGCUUGAUCAUGAAGACUGGUGCACCCACAAGUCAUCGCUGUGUACCUGGAAUCUUGACAGGAAGACCUUAAAUGCCAACAAACCUGACACAACUGUGGAUUUAUCUAGUUGUUUGAUGACCAUCUCAUUUCAUCCCGUCUUGCCUGCCCUUGUUGCUGGAGGCACAUUUAAUGGUGAGGUGCUGUUAUGGGAUCUUAGCAAGGAAGAUGAUAUGUUAAUAGGUUCUUCUGGUAUGGGAAGUGAUUCACACAGGGAACCUGUAACCAAGGUACUGUGGAUAAUUGAUCCAGAUUCAAAAGGAAAAAAGUAUCAGAUUCUUAGUGCAAGUGGUGAUGGCAAGGUACUGCUUUGGCAAGCCCCAUCUCAAGGAUCUCAAGAUUUAAAGCUAGUGGGUGGAUACCUCUUACAAACAGGGGCUAUGCCUCGCAGCAUGAGAGUCAGUAAAGCAAAGGGAGAUGCAGAAAUGGGAGUGACAACAGUCUCAUUCUCUCAUGAAGACAAAACUUUGUUUGUGAUGGGGUCCGAAGCAGGAGGGAUAUUCAAGUGCUCAAUAAAUUCUCGAGGACCACCAUUAUCAACCACUUCCAGCUCAGUUGCCUUGAAAUCACCAGUCACCUUUGCAUUUGCACCUCACUUUGGACCAGUGUUCUCAGUUGAAUGCUCACCUUUUCACAGAAACCUUUUUGUUACUUGUGGAACAGAUGGUUCUAUCAGAAUUUAUACAAUGCUACAGUCAAAGCCUUUGCUAUCCCUCGAGCCUGGUGCAGGCUAUUUAUUCAAAGUAUGUUGGUCACCUGUCAGGCCGUUGGUGUUUUCUGUGGUCACAGCUGAUGGAAGGCUUCUCAUUUACGACCUGAAGACAAAUCAUAUCAAUCCAGUAACAACGAUUGAAGCAUCUCAGAACAAAAAACCUGUCUAUUCAAUGGAAUUUAACCGACAGAGGUUGCAGUUGAUUGCAACAGGUGAUAGUGAAGGAGUUAUCAAAAUAUGGAGACUAAAUGAUGAUCUUACGACACAGCGAUCUCAAGAACUUGAUAUACUAAAUGAUCUGGCCAAUACACAAGCUGAGUAAUCUGUAUCAAAGACAACAAAAUGAUUUGAAGAGUCUAUAAUAUUUUGAAAAACCUUUUCUGAAUAAUACAGGGACUGUAGGAUCUAAAGUUUGUCCAACACUGAUCAACAGGUCAAAAGUAUUGUCUAUUAUUUAUUGUAAUAUCAAUGUACAUAGUAGUGAAAUGUAAUAACAUAUAUGCCAGUUAUAGCUGUUUUAGAACAAAAAAGCAAAUAAAGUGAAUGAGCUUGUAUGUGGAUACAAGAUUCAAGCUUUACAUUAAUGGCAUUAGUUGAACAGGGCUAAAAAUAAUCACCUGUAUGUCCCCAGUCGUAACAAAAGGUCAAAUUAGUUAAAGCUCAGUCAUUUCUCAUUUUCAGGCUCAAAAUUAGUGGUUGAUAUAGCUAGUAAAGAUUUGACCCGACAAUUGCAAUUUUGGACAAACAUUGUCUUAUGACUGGCUGAAAUUUUUAGCCCUGUUGAAGAACAUGAUGGUAAUUUAUGCAAAUCUUAUAUAAAAUUUGACUGUUUAUGCUACAUAAUCCAGAGGACGAUUGAAGCCACCUUUCCGGUUCAUAUAUUGUCUGUGGAAUGAAAAAAUAGUGUUAAAAUAUUAAACUUGCUUGUCAAUUUGAAAGGGGCAAAGAAAUAGAUGUAAGAAAGUAGUAUCUGGACUUCUGUGACCUAGUUUAUUACAAUGCUUCUUAACAGAACACACAGAAUCAUCACUGAGGUAAAGUAGGUUUUGGUGGAUAUCAAUCAAGGCGUUUCCAUGACAUCCCAUAGGCAUGCGCCCUUGAAAACUUUCAAUUGUGUUUUUUUGACAGUUAUGGAAACACAUUGAUUGACAUCUAACAAAACCCUAUUUUGUGGCAAUUGCAAACUAUUAGAUUCCAUGUACAUGGUAUUGAGAUUGACUGUAAUGAGUUUAAUGUCACUGCAUCUAUAUAAUUACUAAGAUCCAAAAACAGGUUUUACCUGUAUUUACGAGCUUUCUUUAAACUUGUGGCACUCUGAUUACAUCCUUCAACAUACUUUCCCUGUUUUUAGAAAAUGAUAUUGAAGUCAAGUGUUGCCGAUGCAUGCAGAUUUGAUAGAGCAGUUCAUGCAAUGAUUAGUGAGCUAUCAAAAACCAAAACACCCAAAAAGGUGCUAAGAAACUCUUGGGGUUGAGAGUAAUAUAAUGGCAUGAUUGGGGUUCCUGUGGUAUUCCUCAAGGUAGCCCUAAGGAGCUUAUGAGUUGACCCUUUACAUGAGUGUUUCAAAGUACCUUUGUUGAGUCAAAAUUAGAAAAUCCCAUCACUUUCAUCAUGUCAUCUUCAUCUUCCUUACUUGGGUCAAGACUCAUCUCAAUACCUGUAAUUAAAGAUAGAAAAUCAUUCUUUACUUUCCAAUAAACAGUCAGCAUUCAAAAA